AUGACCACUGUCGCAGGAAAGGCUGUCGAGGCCGUCGGGUCCCUCACUAACAAUGACCAUCUGGUGCAAUCAUCCGACCCAGAACACCCCGCCAAUCUCAUUCCGGAUCUCUGUCGCAAAUUCUACAACUGGGGCUGGGUUACCGGUACGGGCGGUGGGACAUCGAUCCGCCAUGGUGAUCAUAUCUUCAUUGCGCCCUCUGGAGUCCAGAAAGAAUUGAUUCAGUCGCACAACAUCUUCGUCAUUCAAUGGCCCACGGCCAAGUACCCCGCAGAGGCGCGUAACUAUAUCCGCAAACCUCUCAAGCUGAAUCCCUCGGCUUGCACGCCUCUGUUCCUCACGGCCUUUGAGCAUGGUGCUGGCUGUUGCAUCCACACCCACUCGCAGUGGGCCGUUCUGGUGACCCUGCUGGUGGAGCGGGAGAAGGGCCCUGAAGGGUGCUUCGAGAUCAACAACAUCGAGCAGAUCAAGGGCAUCCCUCGCGGCAAGGGCAAAGGCAUGCUGGGGUUCUUUGAUACCCUGAGUAUCCCUAUCAUCGAGAAUACCGCGUUCGAGGAGGACUUGACGAGUGGUCUGGAGGCGGCGAUGAACAAGGACCCGGAUACGUACGCGGUGCUCGUCAGGCGCCAUGGAAUUUAUGUCUGGGGAGACAAUGUCGCCAAAGCAAAGACUCAGUGCGAGAGUCUGGAUUACCUGUUCCAGCUGGCCGUGGAAAUGCACAAGCUGGGCAUUCCAUGGAUCAAAUAA